AUGUGUGACAUUCUGGCCAGCGACCAGGUGCUGUUCCCGGAGACGGCGCUGGGCCAGCGCUCGGCGGGCGCGCUGAGCUUCAGCAACGGCAGCGGCGUCCGGCUGCGCUGGUCGCUGGAGGCGCUGGUCCGCCCCUGGAUACAGAGCACACCGCGGGCGAGCGACCUGACCCAGGUGGGCGGCAGCGUGUUCCGGUUCCACCCGACGCAGGGCGAGGUGCCGCCGGGCCAGACGGUGGCGCUGGCGGCGCGCUUCAGCCCGCCGGCCGCUGGCUACUUCACACAGACGUUCUACCUGGUGGCCAGCGCCGACGCCGACAUCCUGGAUCGGGAGCAGUCGGUGAUGCCGUCCUGCCUGCUGGUGCGUGUGGCCGGCCAGGGCGCGCCGGCGCCGCCGGAGACGCACCGCUUCCCGUUGACGGUGCAGCCGGACACCAUCGAGUUCCCGGCCGACCAGCGCGCCGUCAAGCUCACCAUCAACAACAAGAGCCGGCUUGACUACGCGUUUGAGCUGCACGUGUCGGGCCCGUUCUCGGUGAACCACGGCCAGAUGCUGUCCCGCUCGCGGCGCUACAUCCACCUGCCGGUGUACUUCCAGCCGCCGGGGCCGGGGCUGUACUCGGGCCGGCUGACGCUGCGUCUGCUGCAGCCGCCCGGCGACGCGGGCAUCUUCCACGUCACGCUGCUCGGCGAGGUGCCCUGACCUCGGCUGGACGAGGGCCCUGGUGUGGGAGCCCGCCGCGGACAGG